UCGGGGUGUUGUACCCGCAUAAUCCUCAAUUCAUCAUGUUUGUAGUGUACGUUUGUAUGGCUGGGUCUGCUGUAAGAAUAUCCUCUCCACGGGAAAUGUGAGGGGCAUAUUGUUUUUGACUGCUUCUAAGUGACCAUGGUUGGGGGGUGGUUGUAGAAGGCGGUGAAGCGGAGAAACCCCGGAAUCCAUCCCAACUCCAGAAAAAGAUCUGGGCUUCGCGACAGUCCAUCAGCCAUUACCUCCAAGUACCUCUCAAUACCUCUCGACUCCCAGGUUUUCCUUGCAGGUGUCCAUGUCGGAUACCCCCAAUCGCGCAAGAUGCUGUACGAGAUGAUUGGAAUAGUCCGGUGCGGACCAAAGGGAGCUCCCAACUUGGGUGAGGUGAAAGAAAUCGUCCUCACAGCAGGCCAGCUGAUCCUCCGCCAAGGAGGCGUCAUCCGCUCGCUGGGCAACUGGGGCGUCUUCUCGCUCCCGCGCACCGUGUCGCGCCACCAGAUGCGCCACCACAACGGGCACUACUUCGCGAUGCGCUUCGACUCGUCGUCCGCCACGCAGGAGGCCGUGCGCUCGACCCUCGCCCUCGACCCGCGCGUCGUCCGGAGCAUGAGCGUCAAGCUCGGCGACGGGAAGCUCGAGACGCUGAGCCGGUUCGGGAAGGUGGAGUGGGAUCAGAAGUGAGGGCGGGCCGGUGGACAAGAGUUGAGGGGGGCCGUAUGGGUAGGGGGAUAGAUCAUGGUUGGUGGUUCCGAGAUGGGUGGGAUGGAUGCCUACCUACUUCGAAGGGAUGGGCAGGAUCAUACGAAUCCGAAGGGAUACCCCGCUGAUACCGUGAGAUGGGAGAAGGGAGACAGGCAUCGUGGCGUGCUCAGAACCGAAAAGGGGCUCUCCUACUUCAGACACGCCCCCGGGCU